AUGAGGCGACGCAUUCACACUCCACAGGAGGGCCAGGAGUAUGACGAGGGCGAGCAGGGCGAGGAGGGAGAGGAGGAGGUGUUGCGGAGUGAGGAGGAGGGGGUGGUGGUGGCAGUGUCUCGCACCAAGGACUGGCGCUUCCUCACUCUCAACCUCAACACCCGCAGCUCCUCCGAGGUCCAUCUGCUGGACGCGCAUCACCCCACGGGCCUCCCAUGGCUGCUGCAGCGACGGCGGGAGGGCGAGCAGUGGUUUCUGGAGCACCAUGAGGGGUGGCUCUAUGCUGUCACCAACCGCUGCAUGCAGGGCGAGGGGGGAAACGGAGAGAGGAGGAGAGCAGAUAGGGAAGGGGAGGGCGAGAGGGCGGAUAGGAAGCAGAAGGAUGGAGGGAGGGAGAGGCACGGGGAGAUGGGGGUAGCGAGUGAUGGCAGUGGCGGUGGAGGGGAGGAGGGGAGGGUGGGGGAGUAUCGCAUUGUGAGGGAAAGGGAGGGUGGAGGGAGGGGGCAGCUGGGGGAGGUGGGGGGAGACAGUGGGAAAGGAUGUGGGGGGGAGGGGGGGAGGGUGGGGGAGUACCACAUUGUGAGGGCUCCAGUUCAUGCCGCCCACCGCGCUGACAGCUGGCAGGUGAACAGUGAGCACAUGGACGGCAGUGCAUGUGUUCCGGUGCCACCUUGCCAUGCACUGCCUCCCUCAUUCACUCAUCCGCCCAUCCGCCCAUCCCAUCAGAGCCUGGCGAUCAGGAGCCUGGCGAUAAGAGUCAAGGGAUGGGACGUGCGUGCAUCAGAGAUUGUCAUAUCGGACAUAGAGGUGUUCCGACACUGCGUCGCCGUGCACUGCCUCGUGCACUCCCUGCCGCACCUGCUGCUGCUGCCCCUUCCCCUCUCACCAGAGGGCGGAGUGGGAAGAGAGGAGGGUGGUGUGGGAGGGAAGGGAUGGAGAGGAGAGGAGAAGGGGAGGAGGGAAGUGGAGGUGUGGGCGAGGGAAGUGCAGCUGCCAGAGAGGGUGUGCCAUGUGGUGGCAGGGGGCAACCAGGACUACCAUGCUACCACUCUCCGCAUCAUGGUGUCGUACCCUCUCCCUGCUGCACCAAGAGCCGUACUGCCGCCACCAACCCCUCCUCCAGCAGCAGCAGCAGCAGCAGCAGCAGCAGCAGCAGCAGCAGCAGCAGCAGCAGCAGCAGCAGCAGCAGCAGCAGCAGCAGCAGCAGCAGCAGCAGCAGCAGCAGCAGCAGCAGCAGCAGCAGCAGCAGCAGCAGCAGCAGCAGCAGCAGCAGCAGCAGCAGCAGCAGCAGCAGCAGCAGCAGCAGCAGCAGCAGCAGCGCAGCAGCAGCAGCAGCAGCAGCAGCAGCAGCAGCAGCAGCAGCAGCAGCAGCAGCAGCAGCAGCAGCAGCAGCAGCAGCAGCAGCAGCAGCAGCAGCAGCAGCAGCAGCAGCAGCAGCAGCAGCAGCAGCAGCAGCAGCAGCAGCAGCAGCAGCAGCAGCAGCAGCAGCAGCAGCAGCAGCAGCAGCAGCAGCAGCAGCAGCAGCAGCAGCAGCAGCAGCAGCAGCAGCAGCAGCAGCAGCAGCAGCAGCAGCAGCAGCAGCAGCAGCAGCAGCAGCAGCAGCAGCAGCAGCAGCAGCAGCAGCAGCAGCAGCAGCAGCAGCAGCAGCAGCAGCAGCAGCAGCAGCAGCAGCAGCAGCAGCAGCAGCAGCAGCAGCAGCAGCAGCAGCAGCAGCAGCAGCAGCAGCAGCAGCAGCAGCAGCAGCAGCAGCAGCAGCAGCAGCAGCAGCAGCAGCAGCAGCAGCAGCAGCAGCAGCAGCAGCAGCAGCAGCAGCAGCAGCAGCAGCAGCAGCAGCAGCAGCAGCAGCAGCAGCAGCAGCAGCAGCAGCAGCAGCAGCAGCAGCAGCAGCAGCAGCAGCAGCAGCAGCAGCAGCAGCAGCAGCAGCAGCAGCAGCAGCAGCAGCAGCAGCAGCAGCAGCAGCAGCAGCAGCAGCAGCAGCAGCAGCAGCAGCAGCAGCAGCAGCAGCAGCAGCAGCAGCAGCAGCAGCAGCAGCAGCAGCAGCAGCAGCAGCAGCAGCAGCAGCAGCAGCAGCAGCAGCAGCAGCAGCAGCAGCAGCAGCAGCAGCAGCAGCAGCAGCAGCAGCAGCAGCAGCAGCAGCAGCAGCAGCAGCAGCAGCAGCAGCAGCAGCAGCAGCAGCAGCAGCAGCAGCAGCAGCAGCAGCAGCAGCAGCAGCAGCAGCAGCAGCAGCAGCAGCAGCAGCAGCAGUCACACCCAUGCAAUCACUCCCCAUCAACCCCACCUCUCCACCCUCCCAGCCCUCUCCUGCCCCAAGGUGGUUUAGUGGGCCCAUGGGAGCCGUUAAAAUGGGCAGCCAAGGUGAGAGCAGAGAGCGACUACAGUGAGAGGGAGCGGCCUGUACUGGUGCGCGUGUGGGGGGACAGAGGGCACGUGGCACCAUGCAGUGGCAGGGAGCAGAUGGAAGAUGUGGCUUUGGAGCAUGCCUUCCUGCUGCACCACGUUGGGGGCGGAGAGCAAACACAGUGA